AUGAACCGUCCGGUAUCGACACUACCAGAAUACUUUGCCCUCAAGAGCAAGUCCAACGGCAAGUACUUGAAGUACCGUCGCGACGAUCCCAAGGCACGCGCCGUGCUCCAGUUCUCCGGCGACGAGCUCGUGGAUGUUCUCGUCAAGUUCUUCUCAGAUGGAGUCACCGGGCCCGAUGGGGGAAGCUCCACGACGUACCACCUGAGGUGCUGCUACAACAAGAAGUACUGGCAGAAAGUCAGCCAGAGCCAGGGCGAGAGCCUCAUCAUCGGAGGAGGAGACACUCCUGAUGACGACAUCUCCAAGUGGUCGUGCACGCUCUUCAGGCCCGAGUUCCAGGAAGAGGGAGUCGCCAGACUGGUGCACGUCCAGUCUGGCGGCUACCUCGGUCGUGGCUCCUCGGACCCUGCUGCUGUUGGCGGCCCCGACUGCCUGGUAGUCGUCGCAGCAGCAGAGCGAGCGGAGGUGUGCGAGGUGGUGAACUACAGGGAGGCGGUGGUGACGCUGCCUAAGCUCGUUGCGUUCAAGGGAGACAAUGGCAAGUACCUCAAGGCUUCCCACAUCAAACCAAUUAUAAUGCAGGGCGGGAUGCCGAAGAUGAAUGCCCCUACUUACAAAACACUCCAGUUCACCGGCGAGAAACUUUCCGACCCGUCGGUGUCCCAUGAGGUGUUUGUGAACCCGGCGGAUGCUACCAUCUCCAUCAAAUCUGGUUCAGGAGGAGAGAAAGGGUUCUGGAGGCGGAACGAAUACGUGGAGAACAGGAUUUUCUUGGUGGAGUCUGAAAGAGAUCACCCCGACUUUCACGACAAGGAAACGCUGUUUAAGGUGCACAGAUUGCACCCUUCGCAGCCGCUGUAUGGCCUUAUAAGCUGCGGCGCUAACAUGCCAUGCAAGCGAGUCGAUCACCCCACGUACCGCCAUUGCCUCCGAGCACAAGACGUAGACGUGGAGCCAUACAACAAACUUUCGGUGGAGGAGCCCAUCGUUUGGAGGCGCAUGUACGAGGCUGAUUUCAAGACGGCGGACGCCAGAAUCUACCCGGUGGAGCAGCCAAAAGUCGAGGUACUGAUUCAUCCAAACGAGACCACACAAGUCUCGAAGGUGAAAGUACAGGUUGGGAAGACAGAGAGCCAUGCUACUUCUUGGAGCAACAGUUAUGGUUGGAAGAUAGGCGGCUCCGUUGAGCUGACCACGGAUUUCACAGGGAUUCCGCUCGUGAAGGAAGCAAAGGUCGUGGUUUCGGGCGAGCACUCUGAGGAGAAAAGCGAAGGAGGAUCCCAGGAAGAGAGCAAGAGCUCGGCGGUUGAGGUCGAGAUCCCCGUGCCUCCUAAGAAACAGUUGAGAAUUACGACGACGGUGACCAAGACGGCCUGUGACGUUCCUUUCGAUUACUCGUACACCGAAAUGCGUCACGAUGGCACCACGGCAGACCUGCGGGUCCAAGACGGCCUCUUCACUACUACCACAACCACGACGGUGGUUGCGACCAAAGAAGAAGAGCUGGGGACCAAGUGA